AUGGCGGAAUCAGAAUCCGCCUUCUCCCUGUCGGCCUUUGUCCGAAACCCCCUCCUCCAGAGCUUCACCAUUUGUUAUAUGCUUUUUCAGAACCUCAUCAACUGGCUUUUUGCCCCUAACCCGCCCAAGCCCUCCUCGGUUGCCAAUGGCAUGCCACAAAAGCGAGUGGCCGUGAUUGGAGCCGGUCUGACCGGAGUGUCCGCCGCUGCUCAUUGCGUUGGUCAUGGCUUCGAAGUGGAGAUCUUCGAAGCACGACCCAAGGACAAAGGGUUGGGAGGGAUCUGGAGUCGAGUCAACUCGACCUCCUCCCUGCAGAUCCACAGCAUCAUGUACCGAUUUCACCCUUCCGUACAGUACGACACUGCCUAUCCUAGUCAAGGCGAGAUCAAGGAACAGAUUGUCGACCUUUGGAAGCGAUAUGGUCUGCAGAAACACACUACGUUCAACACCCCGGUUACCUCCGUGAAGCGCACCAAGAACGGCCGAUGGAUCAUCAACAACGACGAGGACAAAUAUGGCCGCUUCGACGGCAUUGUCGCGUCUGUCGGUGUUUGUGGAGACCCCAAGAUGCCUACUCUCCCAGACCAGGAACGAUUCAAAGGCUCCAUCUACCACUCUUCGGAGCUCGACGGAAAAGACGUCGAGGGCAAGAAGGUCCUUAUCAUUGGCGGAGGAGCCAGUGCCAUCGAGGCCCUCGAAUUUGCUGUCAAAUCCAAGGCUGCUGAAAUCGAUGUCCUCUCGCGGUCUGACAAAUGGAUCAUUCCUCGGAACGUAUUCGUACAGUCCCUCCUAGCGAUGAACAUCCUCGGCCAAGAAACCUCUCUCUCAUGGAUCCCAGAGUCGCUGCUCCGGAAAUUCUUCUACCGCGAUCUGUCCGACAUUGCCCCCUCCGGCGGUCUAUUCACCCAAACCCCCAUGGCCAACUCUGAACUCUUCGAACAAAUCCGCGACGGCAAAGCCCGCUGGCUGCGCGGCGACAUCGUCUCUCUCAACGAGGAAGGAGUGCGCUUCAACUUCCGAGGCAACGGCGUGCCCAAGGGCGGUCCCGGUCACGAAUCCACCGUUCCAGGCGAGGUAAUCAUCAUGGCCACGGGCUUCAAACGACCCUCACUAUCCUUCCUCCCCGACGACGCCUUCGAGGAGCCCUACUCCCCACCCAGCUGGUACCUCCAAGUCUUCCCACCCAAAUACACCAGCAUCUGCGCCAACAACAGCACAUACGUCAACGCCAUCGGCACCGUCGGCAACAUGCACAUCGGAAUCUACACUCGGUUCCUGCUAAUGUUCCUCACGGACCCACUCUCUCGACCAACAGAAGGUCGCAUGAAGACCUGGAUCGACUUCACCCGCUUCAUGAAGCGACUCUCCCCAACCGGAGCAUUUGACUUUUUCACCUACACCGAACUACUCUACUGGUUCGUGUUUUGUAUCCUGGUAAACCCCUUCCGAUGGAAGUGGGCCCCAUUCGUACUCUUCGGAGUGGGAUGGACAUUGCCAUUGGAGGUGGUCAAGCAGGAAGAAAGUUUCCGGAAGGAAUUGCGCAAUCAGCAUUAA